CUAUUUUAUCUGCUUUUUUAUUUUUCACUUCCAACUUUCAAAUUUCUCUCAGUUCUGCACAACAAAAGAAAAAAUUCUAUCAGAUAGAUCCCAUAAAUCUGUUUAUCCUCCGAAACUCAAUUUAUAAUUUGAUUCAAUAUCUUCUAAUUAGUUGCAUUACAGUUCUGUUCAUCAGGAGCUGGAAUCUGCUAUUCAAUUGGUUAAUCUGGGCAAAGAAAAACAACAUUUUGUCACCGUUUGUACCAAAUUCUAUGGGUUUUUUUCCCGGAAAAUUCUGUGGGUUUGGGGUGGUGGGUGGGUUGGUUUCUUGAUCUUGAUCAGGGUUAAAUAUAUUCUGGGUUUAAAAGAUGCUAGAGACUGAAUUAUUUUCUUCGAGAUUACUGUCACCUUUUAGAGAUGAAAGUGGUGAUGAAGAGCUCUCUGUUCUUCCUAGACAUACCAAAGUUAUAGUCACAGGUAAUAACAGAACUAAAUCUGUAUUGGUUGGUCUGCAAGGUGUUGUCAAGAAGGCUGUGGGUCUUGGAGGCUGGCAUUGGCUGGUUUUGAAAAAUGGCGUCGAAGUCAAGUUGCAAAGGAAUGCGUUGAGUGUGCUAGAACAUCCAACGGGGAAUGAAGUAGAUGAAGAUAACGACUUUGAUACAAGUAGUGGAUCCGACGUGGGUGAAAAGGACCAUGAGUUUUCUAGUGGCGGUGAGUUCCAUAAGAUAAGCAAGCAAAGAGUUCGGACGAUGAGACCAUGUAUAUCGGCAGCAAAGUCAAUAAGUCGUAACAGUUUCAGAGAUGUUCACUCGAUUAUUCAGCCUCCAGAACCGAAGGUUAACUUGGCAAUAUUAGGAACAGAAUCACUACAAAGAUACUGCAGGCGAUUUAACCUUGCGAUUCAUCCCGGUUCAUCAAGGGAACAAAUGCUUAAUGCGGUGCAGAAACAUUUUGUUUCACAGCCGCCACUGGAUGAGAUGCAUGUGAUCGAAGAAUUCGCUCGUGCAGUAAAGAGACGAAAACCAGGGGUCAAAAUAGAGCGAGAUUGAUGAUUGUCAAAGACAUUGUAUGUGUAUAUUAAUGAAAUCUAACAUCUAGACUAGAUUUCUAACAGUUAACAGUUAGUAGCUGAAGAUUAGUCGAUUUCUAGCUGUCUUUUGUUAUAAUUAAUAUCCAUUAUUUGUAA